AUGGCGGCUGCCCGGCUCCUCGCGGGGGUGGGGCCGCAGCUGGCGUGGCUGGCUCUGCAGCCGGGAGUCAAACCCCGGCGUCCUUUCUGCACCGCCGUGUCUCCGGCCGCUGGCGUUCGGGGACCUGGCCUCGGUCCAAUAGGCAGAAAAGGCAGAGGUGAAAGGCUACAGAAGAGAAAGGCACUACCUCCCAGGACAGAGAAAAUGGCUGUUGACCAGGACUGGCCUAGUGUUUACCCUGUUGCAGCGCCAUUUAAACCCUCUGCAGUACCUCUUCCUGUCCGGAUGGGUUAUCCAGUGAAAAGGGGCGUGCCCAUGGCAAAGGAGGGGAAUCUAGAACUUUUAAAGAUCCCCAAUUUUCUGCAUUUGACUCCUGUAGCAAUUAAAAAGCACUGUGAAGUUCUUAAAGAUUUUUGCACUGAGUGGCCAGCUGCGCUAGACAGUGAUGAGAAAUGUGAGAAGCAUUUUCCAAUUGAAAUUGAUACAGCUGACUAUGUUUCAUCAGGACCAUCUAUUCGAAACCCCAGAGCACGGGUGGUAACCUUAAGGGUUAAGCUUUCCAGUCUGAAUUUAGAUGAUCAUGCAAAGAAGAAACUUAUUAAACUUGUAGGAGAACGAUACUGCAAAACCACAGAUGUGCUUACCAUCAAAACAGAUAGGUGCCCUUUAAAAAGACAGAAUUAUGAUUAUGCAAUGUAUCUGCUAACAGUUUUAUACCAUGAGUCUUGGAAAACUGAAGAAUGGGAAAAAUAUAAGACUGAAGCGGACAUGGAAGAGUAUGUAUGGAAAAAUAGCGCCUCAGAAAAAAAUAUCCUGGAAACACUUCUCCAAAUUAAAGCUGCUGACAAAAACAUGGAAGUAAAUAAAGAAGAGCUCCUUAGUACUAAAGAAAUUGAAGAUUACAAAAAUUCUGUUGUUAGUCUUAAGAACGAGGGAGAAAAUGAAAACACUCUUUCUCAGUACAAAGAAUCAGUGAAAAGACUAUUGAAUUUGACAUGAAUUAUGAAGGAGUAAAAUCUACUUGAUUUAUUAAGUUUGUGAUAUGUAAUCAAUGUCUACUUUGUCAUAAGUAAAACUGAAAAUGCUCUAAAACCAUUGUUUUCUUUAGAGUUAAAACGAUGCCUUUCAUACUAAUGUGCAGUAGUAAUGGUUAGUUCAGGUUUUCUUAUUUAUACACGUAGGCAGUUAGACUAAUUAGAAGACCUCUGUAAUUUCUUCUGGUUCUAAAGUUUUGAUUUUAUUUUCACGUAACUUUAGCGUUCAUAUAUAUACAGAUUGGUGUUAUUUUGUCACUUGCUACAUUUCUUUUCCCACCAAUGAGUGUUUAGUGACUCUAUUGGUUAUUUUGGGCAGCGAGGCCUAGAAUCCGGCCCUGACGUGGAGCUCAGAGCUCGAUCAUGACUGCCGUCUGCUGAUAGCUUUCUCCGUUGUCCCUGGUUAGAAGCAGUUCCUCAGGAGUGUUUUCUACCCUAGAAAGUUUGUUC